AUGACCGCUGCAUCCGUUCUAGUGGCUGCUCUAGCCCUUCUAGGGCCAUCGCUCCUGUCUCAGGCCGAUGGUAGCAGCCUCCCUGCACAAGCUCAAGUGAUUGACCAAAAGUCAUUCAAUGUCCUCAAUACAACUCAACCGCCAAGUGAAUUCAACGCGGACAAUAUUUUCGUGUCUCCGGGACACACGGAAGAAAGCCUUACCAAGCGUCCAUUCCAUGUGUACGACAAGGAGUUCCUGAACAUCAUCGGGAAAAAUCCCACUCUGACGCGAAUUGCGCACUCGCCAAAGGACCCUCUGUACCACGAGGCAGUUGUCUGGUCCAAAGAGACGGAGGAAGUCUUCUUCGUCCAGAAUGCAGGUGCUAAAAAUUCCAGCACGGGGCUGCACAAGUCGGCCAUCAUUGAGAAGAUCUCUCUGGCAGACGCAGCGGCCGUCUCCAACAAGAGUGAUGCGGCCGGCCUCGUCAAGGUCACCGCAGUUCCCUCGUCGCCGAUGGUGGUUAACCCGAAUGGCGCAACCAAUUAUCGAGGACAGAUCAUCCUGACUGGUGAAGGUCAAGGCAACAACACCCCUCCUGCCUUGUGGGUCAUGAAUCCGCAAAAGCCAUAUAACACGACAGUUCUCUUGAACAACUACUUCGGUCGUCAAUUCAACUCUUUGAAUGAUGUAUCCAUUCACCCUAAGAACAAAGAUGUCUACUUCACAGACACUAUCUAUGGCUACGUGCAAGAUUUCCGCCCUGCUCCAGGUCUACAGGACCAAGUCUACCGGCUUAACCCGGACACCGGCGCUGUGACCGUCGUCGCGGAUAGAUUUGAUCAUCCCAACGGUUUUACAUUCUCACCCGAUGGAAAAUACGCAUAUGUCACCGAUACUGGCAUCAAUUAUGGAUUCUACGGAAUGAACUUUACUCGCGCCGCUUCCAUCUAUCGGUUCGACGUCAAGGAGGAUGGUACCCUUGAUAACCGCAAGGUUUUCGCCUUUGUUAGCCCCGGCGCGCCUGAUGGCAUUCACUGUGAUUCCGAGGGCAACGUGUACGCCGGAUGUGGCGAUGGUAUCCAGGUAUGGAAUCCCUCUGGCAAGCUCCUUGGCAAGAUUUACGUGGGAUCUACCUCGGCAAAUUUCAACUUUGCUGGGAAAGGGCGGAUGGUUAUUUGUGCAGAGACGGAUCUUUACUAUGUUACUGUGGCUGCCGAGGGGAACUUUGUUGAAAGUGAGAUGUAG